AUGGUGACAAAGUGCCAAGUCAUCAUUGUCGGCGCCGGUCCAGCUGGAUUGUGCCUCGGAUUGGCACUGGCCAAGUUCAACAUCCAGUCCAUCAUCUUGGAAAAGGAAACCGAAAUCACGGCAGAUCCUAGAGGAGUCUACCUCACAGGCGAUGCCGUCCGCAUCCUCUACGAUUUGGGCGUAGGCGACGAGCUCGAGUACGUCGGCCACCCAGCGGAAAAUGUGCAAAUGCACCGCAGCACAUAUGGCGCACCGUCGUACCUGACGCUGCGGCCCGGCACGACCAACGCGCUCGAGCAAGCGGUGCCAGAAGGGCUGCAGCAGAUGCAGCCUCGUCUGGAGACGGCGCUACGCAAGAGAAUCCAUGCCACAUCGUGCUGCCGUCUGUGGACGGGCUGCACCGUCACGGCGCGAGUCAGCGAGGAGCCGCCGCGCAUUCAGUUUCGCGACGCGUCGGAUGAGGUGCAGGAAGUCGAGGGCCAGUGGCUGAUUGGCGCGGACGGCAAGGCAGGCGUGGUGAGGAAGCAGUUCCUGGAGCCCACGAGCGGCAUCAAGCAGCAAGCCGGCCUUCACUUUUACGACGGUAUCAGUAUCGCGUCCAACCUGUACAUUUCCCUGCCCACGCCGCAGUCGCAUCCCAAGUUUGAGCUAUGGGCACUGGGAUACACGUCGGAGCAAGUGUACGACUUGUUUUGGCCCAAGGGAUGGCACUUUUGCUGCCCGCCCGGCAUGCCGACAGCUGGCGGGCGGUUCGGCCCGCACAGCGAGCGGCUGUGGCGGCACGAGUUUCGACUCGACAAGGAGGUCAGCGAACAAGAGUCCGAGGCGGCCUUGUGGGAGCACAUUCUCCCCAUGGUCACUUUGCAGGGCGAUCGACACCGCCAAGUGCAAUUCCGAGCGCCUGUGCAGUACCCGCGAGACUGCAUCCAGGUCUUGCGCUGCCGGCCGUAUCGGUUCACGCAUCGAGUUGUGAAUCGCUGGUUCGACAAGCGCACCAUCCUCAUUGGCGACGCAGCCCACGUCUUUCCUCCGUUUGCGGGCCAGGGCAUUGCCAGCGGCCUCCGCGACGCCCAUCAGCUGGCGUGGCGACUUGCCGUCGUCUUGGAGCGGUUUCCGCCGGACCAGCCCAUGCCGAGUUGGGCGCAGGCGUUGCUGGAAGCGUGGGCGCGCGAGAGGCGAAGCAGCGUGGACACGACAGCGUACCUGUCCAUCUCCCUCGGCCGCAUGUCGUCGGCGCCACCCAACAUACUUGAGCGACUCGGCUUCAGAAUCAAGCACUGCAUGGACCGCUCCCCGGAGCUCGCCAACGGCAUUGAUCCGCUGGUCAAGGUCGAGCGACAGGGCUUCACCAAGGUGCGAGACGGCUGCUUCGUCAAAAAGUACCGCGGUGGUGUGCGAAUGGCCCAGAUCCAUGUAACGGAUGGUCUCACGGGCAAAGCCCUGCUGUCGGACCGCCUGCUCGCCGGGUCGAGCGCCAUGACGCUGCUCGUCAUCUGCGAUGCCAAGGAGAGCGGGCAGAGCGUGUCCCAGGCGAAGCGUGCCGUCAAGAAUGCCCAUCUCCCUGCCGGCGUCUUGGACGAAGAUGCCAUCAUCGUGUAUGAUCCGCAUGCGCAAGAUGAUGUGCAACAUCAUGCAGCCGAAGCCUCCAAGGAAAAGUCCCCAGAGACGGUUGCGUUGUACAGACCGCGCCUAUUUGACGCGACGUCGCCAGAGUACAGACGCUGUGGCGGGUACGACGCCGAGGCGUACAUGAGACGCGUGGGUAAGAAGUCCAGAUUCGUCAUUGUAAGGUCAGACUUUUUUGUGUUUGCGUGCUUGAAGAACGAGCAUGACUUGGCGACGUGUUUGGGUAUUCUCGCCAGCAAAGUAGGGGGAGGCCAGGUCUAA